UUCUGCUGAAACACACAGCCUCGAGGUCUCCCCUCCCUCCCUACAGUUUCCUCAGCUGCACAAAGCAAACGUUCUGGUCUCGGAGCAGCGGACAAAGGUCUGACAGGAAGUCUGCUGCUGAAGAAUACUGCAUCCCCGCAGCACACUCCCCACAUUCAACUCCAGGCUAAUGAAAACAAUCUGUUGAGGAAGACAGAACGCGAGUCAGAGAGAGAAAGAGAGAACGAGAGCAGAGAGGAGACAGAUCACAAGCCUUAUUCCCAACUGAUGGCAGGAGGAAAUUAAACACAAGAGGAAGAAUUGCAAGACCAAAGACUGAGAGAAGUACGGUGACUUCUGCCAAUUUUGUCCUUUACCUCCAAGAGCUCCUUCGUAGAAGCUGCUUGCUGAGAGAACGAUUAUUUCAUCCAAACCAGUAGCUCAACACGUGACACCUCCUCACCCUCUCAUCCUACGUCCAUGACAGAAUAGCCACCAUUAUCCGACCUUGGACCCACCCGUGGAAGUCAACAAUGGCCAUUUGGUUGAUGUUAUUACAGCUUGUUCCUGCGAUCAUGGGCCGGUAUACAACAAAGUCCAUCUCCAAUUAUACCAAUAUUACAGCAAUGUCUUCUGUAGAAGCAUCUGGUAUUUCUGAAACUGAAGUCACAAAUGCCAGUGUGCCAUAUUUUACCAGUGAAGUCUCAACAGAUGUUGACAUCACCAGUGUAAGCUACACAUCCUCUCCUGCCAUUACCUCUUCCAAGCCUCCCCUCAUUGGCACAAUUAUAAUGGAGUUUAUUUUGAAGCAUAUGGUCUUCAUCAUCAUCGCCGCAGUCGCUCUGGUCUUACUGCUGAUCAUUGUAUGCACCAUCAUAUUUAUGAAGCUAAGCAAGGGUUCGGCUUACUACCCAUCCUCUUUCCCCACAAAAAAGUAUGUGGAUGAGCAGGACAAAAGGGGUUCCAGCAAGAACUUUGAGGAGGUCACUGGGAUGAUCAGUGGUGAGCCUAAAGAGGACACCGUCAACUCCACAGAGCAGCUGCAAAGUGACAUCCUCUCAGUGAACCACAACCUCAAAAAGAAGGCGCCAUCCAAAGGUGAGGAGAAGCAAGAGGUCGAUGCAUCAGGAAAGGGAGAGCCUAACCAAGCAGUGGGCAAGGAGACAGGUCCAGAGGUAGGAACCAAUGUGGAGGGCCAGAUGUCUGACAGCAACACUGCCAGAGAACCUGAAAAGGACUGGAAUGAAAGAACAACAGAGCAGGAAGACAAGAAGGGAGGAACUGAGGGAGCAGAGAAAGGGAAGAGGGGUAAUGAGGAGGAGGAUGGGAAGGAUAAAAUGGAGUUAGAAACUGGAGUGGCCCUGGGCCACAGCUUGCAACAGCCGUCCAACCAGACUGCUGAUAAACCACAUGUUGAUGCAGACACAGCCUCAGACAAAGUAGGUGAAGUUGGGGGCCAAGAGCCAAAGGAAGUCAAGUUUGCUGAACAGGGUGUAAGUGAAUCAUCCAGUGUUGCUGAUCAUUGCAAGGACCUUGAGGCCACCCCACUGAUCUUGAAGCCCAGUGACAAUGGGGCUCUCUAACCGACCAACCACAGGCUGAAUCGAUGUUAGAUUGACGUGAGGAUUACUUGAAUGUUGCUGACACCGAAUUUUCUCAGCUUAUACCAAUGCCACUCAUUUUCAAGCAGAUGCUUUCAAAAACAUACUUUUCAACAGUAGAAUAUGCAACAGAAGGUUUUUCAGGAAAAUAUAAACUGUGGAAAAAAACAAGGUUUUAUUAUUUCUCUUAAUGUUACCCCACACCUGUAAGAUUAAAUUUUGGUUCCUUCUAAAUCAAGAGGAAAAUAAUUAACAUAAAACUUGGAUAAUCUAAACUAUAUAAAUAGCUCUUACUUUAACCACCUUAAACAAUUGCAGGCUUGAUUAACAGAUUUGAUGCUUUAAAUUGGAAGAAUGUUCAGUCAGGUCACCCACAAGUCAAAAAUCCAUUGUUAACUUAACCUUGGAAAUAUUUCAGUUGUGCUGCCAUCAAUCUGCCUCAUUAUUAACUAAAUUUCAUCCAUCCAGCUUGAUACUUAUAGCUAGCCGGUGGUGUAAUGGCAUCUGCCUUGGACUUCGAAGUGAGUGGUCCCGGGUUCGAAUCUAGCCGUCUCCUCGCACGUUUUCCAUCUGUGCUAGUAUUGAGCUAGCAACUCAGCCUCGCAAAAAAACAGAAAAUGCUUAAGUAAUGGCAAACAUGCUGCCCAAUGAACCACAAGGUGCGGAGAGGAACAACUUGAAGCCCACUCUGAAUCCCUGCUUUUGAGUCCACUGAACAUCUGGGCUUAGAGAGAAGCACAACUGUUUCAUGGCCCCUUCAAAUCUUCCUGCAAACUGGAAUUCAGUGAUCUUCCUCAACUCUCAAAAUUGUUCACAUAUCAGGUUAAGGGAACAGAUUCAUAGAUAAGGUCCAUUCUUAGAACUUCCAAAGAAGCCAUUUGUCAAAAAAGCAGCUAGAUAAUAUUAUUUCUCAAAAUCAAAGAACUGCUGGAUGUUUUAGCCUUGCAUCGGCAGGACCCAAAAAUUAAAAUGUUUUUUUUAUCAUGAGGAAUUAUCUAUCACAACAUUGGAUAAUUCAGUCCUAACACAAGUGCCCAUGGAUUGAAAAAAGCUCAAUGCAAAGCAUUCUUUUUUUUAAUUGAUUGUUCAGGCAGGAUCUGAACAAAAUUAAACAUAUAGUGAUUUUAAUUGGGGUGAAGCUCCUUGAAGGAAACUUAAAGCUUGUCAGACUGAGUUGCAACAGCAAAUCAUAUAGCUUGAGCACAACUCUUCCAUUUUAGCAGUAACUUUAGCCAAGAGGUCUACUUUACUUGUAUAUUUUUUUAGUAAAACUAGGCACCAUGUGACAAAUGCUCUGAAAUCUACCAGAAUCCAAACAUAAUGGGUUCUUUAUAUGUGUGGAGUGAGUGAUUCAGAGUGUUAUCAGCUGCAGGGUGAACCCAGUGCCAGUACAACUGGGGUGCUAUGGUGGUAGGCUUAAUCAGUAAUCACCUACGUACUUUCUUACUUACCGUCCAUUACGCCAAUGGUGCUUGGGCCAGCAUUGAAGGUCCUCCAUCUCUGUCAUACUGUCGCACACAGACAUAGGAGCAUUCUUCAUUGCUGUUUCUGUAAUUUUUUUUUUGACCAGUCAAGGUUGCUAGCCCUGAGCUGAACCUCCGAUCCUGGAGAACCGGUGGACCACUCUUGGUCUGGUCUCUACCCUUUGAUCUGUUUGUUGUGGGUGGCCCUGCCAAGAAUCAAAGCAUAAAGCCCUCACUCCAGUCAACAUAGCUCUCCAGGUCAAUGAGGCACACAAGCUUCCAAACCAUGACAAAGUUGUGGUCCUCUUGUGAGUAAUCACCUAUUUCGCCGGUGUUCAGCGAAAUGGUCUCCCAGUCUGCAGCGGGUCUCCCCAACGUAUAAAUGGCCACAUCGGGAGCACCUGAUACAGUAUAUCACCCCAGUUGACUCGCAGGUGAAGUGGUGCCUCAUCUGAAAGGACUGUCAGGGGCCUGGGGUGGUGGUGAGAGAAGACGUGUGGGGGCAGGUGUAGCACUUCUUCCGUUUGCAGGGAUGAGUGCCUGGAGGGAGGUUGGCGGGGAGGGAUGGGGGGAUGAGUGCCUGGAGGGAGGUUGGGAGACCCGCCGCAAACUGGGAGACCGUUUCGCCGAACACCGGCGCUCAGUCCUCCAGCAGUGGCGGGAUCUCCCUGUGGCCACACACUUCAAUUCCACAGACCACUCCCACUCCGACAUGUCUGUCCAUGGCCUCCUCUACCGUCAAGAUGAGGCCACACGCAGGUUGAUGGAGCAAUACUUUAUCUCCCGCCUAGGUAGCCUCCUACCUGCCGGCAUGAACAUCCAAUUCACAGACCUCCGUUGAUACCCCUGCCCCCACCCUUACCCCCAUCCCUAUCUAUUAUUUUAGUCUGGUUCUCUUUCUCUCUCUUUUCCCCCCUCACUAUAAUCUCCCCCCAGCCCUACCUUUCUUUCUCUUUUAUUUCCCAUAAUUCUCCACCUUCCCCCUAGUCCAUUUCCCUCCAGCCUAUCACUUCCCAGCUCUCUACUUUAUCCCUCCCCUCACUUCUUAUCCCCCCUCGACCAUACCAUGUUACUUCACUCCUGAUGAAGGGUUUCGGCCUGAAACAUCGUUAUUACCUCCUCCCAUAGAUGCUGUCUGGCCUGCUGAGUUCGGCCAGCAUUUUGAGUUUUUAUUUAUUUCCAGCAUCUGCAGAUUCACUUGUGUUGCCUCUCAAAGGAAAAAUCUUGUUUUUAUUUGUCUUAUCUAUAACCCUUAUAACUUUUAUUACCUCUACAAAAUCUCCCCUCACUGCCCAGUCCAUGGGUGCUGGAAUCUUUGCCUUGACCUUCCUAGAACAGCUCAUGCUGGGACAGCACACAAGUGCAGACAUGGAACAUUAGGAGAAAAGAAAGCAAACUGUAAAUAUUGGAAAUCUUGAGAUUCACAGCAUGUUAUCACUUCCAGAUUACAGUGGAGGGUGAGCUAGCUUUGCCCACUCUGGGCAAACAACCUACUCCUGCCUUUAUUGUUCUGAAGGAAGCUCAUGCAGACAAUCAGUACAGUUUACAUCUGUUUUACCAUCUACAGUUACACUGGACAUUUUUAAAACAGCAAAUGCCUCCUUCCAGUUUUGAUCAUUCUUCCACCAGCCUUCCCCCUCCUGUUCCCAGUGAUGCUCAAACUCCAAGGGAUCUAUCUCUCAUUUACUUGGAAUAACCCAUGGGUGGUGUUGUGGUGUGGCUGAAGGGGAGUAGGAGAAGAUAUGGAAGGGGUCACCUGCAGCGAGAGCUUUUCAGCAUUCUUCACCCCCACCCACCCCCAAGCAACUCUCCCCCUCUCCACAGGGGUGUCAAGUACUUAAGUGUGUGCAGCUGUGGUGCAUUGAAUUUUGUGACCUGCACACACCCUCCCAGGAUGUCCAACCCUAACUACACCUCCGCUGUCCUGCACUGAGGAUCUCACACAACACACAGAGCUGGUCUACAUGAACUUUUCUGUGUAAUGCUUUUUUUGUUGAGUUUUAAGGUCAAUGUAGUGGAACUUACUGCUGGCAAUAUGCAAUAAUAAAUCAUUUUUAAUAAAAAAAGAGCUUUCCUUUCUGUUGUA